CCACAUAUUACACAUUUCGGGAGAAGGGGCUCCGCUCCGCGGUCGGGCAAAUUAGAAACACGGAGAAAAGAAAAACCAAAAGAAAAUAAAAACAAAGGAAGAUAUCAUACCCUUUCAUGUCCACAGGCCGCGCUGCUCGAGCCAAACUCAACCCCACCCAUCUUUUCUUUUUCCUUGUUUUUUUCUCGUUAGUUCCUCUCCCGCAACCACUGGUGUUGCCUUUUGCCUUUUUUUUUUCACCGGCGACUUUGGCCUACUUCUUGGAUGGACAGAAAAACGAAGAAGAAGGAAGAAAUAGAGAAUUGAUGAUGAUGAUGAUGGUGGUGGUGGAGGAUAGAGGCCUGGGCCUGUCCUCCGUUCCUCUUCUGAACUGAAGCCGUCGAUCGUCCUCCUGUCUAAAGCGGAGGAGGAGGCGGAGGUGGGCGUCAGGAGGGUUGGAGUGUAGCAAUGGAGGCAGAGGGCGUCCAGGAGGAGUCGGGCGUUCUUGCAAGCAACGCAGGUGGGUGGGAAUGGGGAAGCCUCUUGGAUUUCUCCAUCGACGACGACUCCACCCUCUUAUCCUGGGACUCUCAGCAGGAGCAGGAGCCGGAGCCGGAGCAGGAGCAGGAGCAGGAGCAGCGGCAACAACAACAGCAGCCGCCCGCGCCCUCUGCUGGUACUCAACCGGAUACAGGUUUGGAAAAGGGGGCGUCGCAGCAGCCCCGCGGGGGGGAUCCGGCCCCGCUGCCCUCCGAGGCGAUGAGCAAUCGUAUCCGCAAAAGGGAUCCGAGGCUAACUUGCGUGAAUUUUAUAGCGGGGCGGGUGCCUUGCGCCUGCCCGGAGGUGGAUGACAAGGAGGAGGAAACCAUGACCAGGAAGCGAGCCAAGACGGCUAUCAGGUGCCAAGUCCCGGGUUGCGAGGCUGACAUUACUGAGCUUAAAGGUUACCACCGUCGUCACCGGGUUUGCUUGAGGUGUGCCUACGCCCCCACCGUCACGCUCGAUGGCCACCUAAACCGCUAUUGCCAGCAGUGCGGCAAGUUUCACCUAUUGUCAGAUUUUGACGAAGGCAAACGUAGCUGUAGAAGAAAGCUAGAGCGGCACAAUCAUAGAAGGAGAAGAAAAUCGGGUGACUGUAAAAGUGGAACUGAAGUUUUCCAACCUUUGGAAAGGGGAACCACAGGGACUAAUUUAAUAGAGGAUAAUGACUGUGAUGAUGAAGCAGGGAAAGAAAAGCCUCCUGGAGAGUCAUGUGGAGCUGACAGUUUUCAAAUAAAUGAACUGUCAAUGGAUAAAGGCCGCACGCUGGAAUCUGAAGAUGUACUUGGUUCUCCAUUCAGCUCUGCUGCUGGACAGAUUAAUCCUAGUUUUCAGAAUAUACCAAGUGAGAGUAUUCCUUCUUGUACUACUUCUGGUGGUGCUCAUAAGGAAGUUGUAAAAGCCUCCAGAUCAACCAUUUCGUCAUCAUUCUAUGACAAUAAGAGUGCUUACUCAUCUGUGUGUCCGACAGGUCGUGUGUCAUUUAAGCUCUAUGACUGGAACCCAGCAGAAUUUCCAAGACGGCUUCGGCAUCAAAUAUUCCAGUGGCUGGCCAGCAUGCCAGUUGAGUUGGAAGGCUAUAUUCGCCCCGGCUGUACCAUAUUGACUGCAUUCAUUGCUAUGCCUCAACCGAUGUGGAACAGGUUAUCCGAAGAUGCUGUUGCCUUUGUGAAUGCCCUAGUUAAUGCACCUCAGAGUUUGUUGUCAGGAAGAGGAAGUUUACUUAUUUAUUUGAAUGAUUCGAUCUUUCAAUUAAUGAAAGAUGGAAGUUCAAUCAUCAAUAUCAAGGCAAAGAUGCAGGCCCCAAGGCUUCAUUAUGUUCAUCCUAUUUGUUUUGAGGCUGGAAAGCCAAUGGAAUUUAUUGCUUGUGGAAGAAAUUUAGUCCAACCGAGACUCAGGUUCCUUAUAUCCUUUAGUGGGAGGUACCUUAGAUAUGAAUGUUGUGAAGCAUUUUCAGUUGCAAAGUCUGCAUGUAAAUAUGAAAUGGAUGGAGAUGAUGGUGAAGAACAAAAUUAUCAGAUAUUUAAAGUACGUAUUCCACAGACUGAUGCAGGGCUUUAUGGGCCUGCAUUUAUCGAGGUUGAGAACGAGUCUGGGUUGUCAAACUUCAUUCCUGUCCUGUUGGGAGAUCAGCAGAUAUGUUCUGAAUUUAAGAUAGUCCAGCAGGUGCUUGGUGGAUCUGGUUCUUCUUGUGCUACUGAAUCUCCUUUUACUGUUCCAUAUUCAUUUUCUGAAGAAAAACAAAAAAUGAUCUCAGAGCUUCUUUUAGAUGUAGCUUGGUUGAUCAAGGAGCCUGAUAAAGAUGAAAAGUGUAUAAGAUUAUUUCAUGUGCAGAGGUUGAACCAUCUUCUUGAAUUCCUAAUAAAAAACAAUUUUGUCAAUACUCUGAAGAAGAUGCUACAGCUGCCCAAGUUUGUGAUGGCUAUGGAGGAUUUGAAUAAAUUUUUGGAGAGGGAAGCUCAUGUGCAUGUGGAAAUGUUUCAAAAACAUAUUAGAAAUGCGAGGGAAAUCAUUGCUGCUGAAGCUGCAAUCACCUACAGGAGCAGUUUUCCACUGGACUUGCAUAACAAUAUAGCAAUACAGGAAUUUGCCUUUCUGCUGGAUGGUUCUGAGAGUUGUCUGUAUUCUACAGGUCUCCAUGCUGACGAGGAGAAGCUGAUGCAUAAGGAUGAAAUGGGGUACAACAGACCAAAUAGAGCAUGCUCGUUGGUGCAAACGGGAGAUGAAAAAUCACCGCUGCUUGUGAAGGAUUUUGUGAUGAAGGUUGGCGGUUACCAGCAGCAAUCAACAGGAGUUGCAUGGCAUAGGCAUGCACGAUCUGGUAUCUUUUCAGGAAGUUUUUUGAGCACACGCCUUUUAGUUAUUACAGUUGCUGCAAUUGCUUUCUGCUGUGGCUUGUGCAUCAUCUUAAGGCACCCACAUAAGGUUUGGGAGUUCUCUUAUACAGUACAGAAAUGUUGGUUGGGCAUGCAUGCCCAUGGAAGACAUCGGCAAGAUACCUGACCACAGGCAGGCACAAAGUGACCUCUUUGGAGCCUUCAUAGGAUCCACAUGCCUUCCAUAUGCGUUUUUAUUGUAUGCACAUGGGAAGCAAGGGUGGUAUGGUUAACUUUUUCAUGUUGAUGGUGGUUGUAUGUUGCACUGUAUCUGUAGCUAAAGGCUAUUUCUUAAGCAUUUGUCGAGCAGAUCCUUUUUUUGAAGGGUCACGCGGUUUGCCGGAGGAUGAA